GAGGAAAAAAAAAAGGGAACGGAGGAAAAAAGGAAAAAGGAAGAUUAAGAGAGUUGCCGACAAUCAAAAUCAAAUCGAGACAAAAGUUAUAUAUAGAGGUGUGUCUGGAUUCCUCUGCAAUCGAGAUCUUAGUCCGAGUCAAAUUAGGAUGGAACGCAAGCGCGAUGAAAAGGAGAGGUUCAGCAGCAACCGAGAUCCGGAGCCUCUUGAUCUAAAGAAGGCUAAAGUGACGAGAUUGCAGGCGAGGAAACUCCUUGGCAAAGUGGAGGAGAAAGACACAACCCCAAGUGAGUUAGAUUCGCUGCAUUAUGAUCUUAAGAUGGCUAUAAUAACUAGAUUGCCUGCCAAGUCCCUCAUGAAUUUCCGAUGCGUGUCGAAGAUGUGGUGUUCCUUCGUCCGAAGCCAAGAGUUCGUGGACUCUUUCUUCGCUGUCUCCGCAGAGCAACCACGGUUUAUAGUCUGUUUUAGCAACGGCAUAUUCAGAAAGCCUGAAGAGAGGCUUACCUUCGUCUUGUCGUUUCCAGAGGGGUCUUCUUCUUCUUCUUUGGCACCCAGGUUUGAGAUGGCAUUACCAGUGGGAUUGCGAGGCAGCCAAGAGUAUUGCGCUUCUCUCCAUGGGUUCCUCAGUCUUUACUUUGAUAAUGGUUUGAUGGUUUGUAACCCUAGCACGGAGCAAGUCUUUAAUUUGCCCACGACCACUCAGUUCAUGGGGUACGAUCCCAUUGGUGGCCAAUACAAAGCAUUAUCUGUGCAUUUGAGAGGUCCUUCUUCUGGUCGUCCUCAUCUACUGCACAAGGUGUUCACACUUGGAGGAUGUCAAGGUUGGAGAGACAUUGAAGCUACCCCUGUUCCUUAUAUACCUGUAUCAGCGGGAGUAUGCAUCAACGGUGUUGUCUACUAUGGCGGUUAUAAGUAUAACUCCACUGGUGUUAAGAAUCCAGCUGUGAUGUGUUUUGAUGUUCGAUCUGAGAAAGUCAGUUUUAUCCAAGCACCUUUAGACGUUGUGUUUCAUGGAAAGGAUUCCAUAUUUUUAGAAUACAAUGGUAAGCUAGCCUCUGUUUUUAUGAAACUACCUCAUGCUCGGUCCAUUCCCUUUGAUUUCUGGAUACUAGAAGACGCCGAGAAACAUGAAUGGUCAAAGCAGACAUGUGUGUUUCCCUCUGAUGCGUGGGAGUCUGUUUCGUGCCACGGAAUGUCUUUCCAAGGCACCAAUAAAGCUGGUGAGAUCAUUAUUGUCCCAACUGUGGUCACGUCGAUCAAGGUCGAACCCUUCUACAUAUUCUACUACAAUGUCAGAACAAACAAGGUCAGAAGAGUUAGGCUCCUGGGAGUUGGAGACAGUGAAGAGUUUCAACGCUCUUAUGGAUUCGUAGACCAGUAUGAAUGUUUUGUCAAUGUCGCACCUCACCACGUGGACAGUAUUGCCUUUCUUAAAAAUCAUGUGUAACCUAAUCAUUUACCUUAUCUACGAGAGUGCGUGUUAAACUACUCUCUCUCUCUUUUUUCAAUAAACACCAAACAAGCUCAUUUAUUUUAUCUUCUCUGUUUCCAUUUUGAGUGAUAAUGUCAGUGUCAUGAUAGUAACUCUGAUAAUCCUAGAAAAUAAUGUCAAUGUCACUGGUGCAUGUAAGUCCGAUUAUUUUUGUAGCCUAGCUUGCUCAUUUGAUUUAGUUGUUGGUAAAAGGACAAAUGCACAAACUUGUUUUUUAACUGCUCUGCAGUCUGCAAUUGCUAUAGCUGUUAUGGAUGGUAUAUAUAAAAGAUGGUG